AGUGCGGCCGUAAUGACGGGACUGGCGGCGCAGCUCUGCGAGGCGCUGCGCGGCGAGGAGGAGGCGGCGGCGGUGGAAGCGCUGCUGAAGCAGGGCGCGGACCCCAACCUCGUCCUGCCCGAGGGCGUUGCCGCCGUGCACCUGGCCGCGGGCAAGGAGCGGGAGAGCGGCGUGCGCUGCCUGCAGCUCGUCCUGCAGUAUGGCGGGGACCCCAACGCCAGGUCUGCCGAGGAGCUCACGCCCUUGCACGUAGCGGCCUCCUGGGGUUGUUACAAGUGCUUGAAGCUGCUGCUGAGGAAAGGAGGGGACCCCGACCUUGAAGACCAGGAUGGGAGCCGAGCCAUCGACUUGGCCACGGAGCAGGGCAACACCAUGUGUGUGCAAAUCCUGCAGGACUUCCAGCGUGCCCGGGCCUGGCCUGUGUGUCUGCGCCGGCCCAAGUUCAGCCCCGAUGGGCCGGGCAGAGCCGGGAGCCCCCCCUGCCCCGUGACUGCCGACAGCACGGACUGCAGCGUCUUCUCCCGGCUCUCUGAAGCCAGCUCGGCCCCACCAAGCAGCACGUGGAAGUGGCUGCCGGACGGCAGCCCCAGGGAGACGGGGCUGGAUGUCACCUUUCCAGAUGCUGCAGGGAUCCCCCGGAGCCAGCUGGAGCCUCCACCCCCGUGGCUCUGCUUCUCCACCCGUCCGGACGCGGGCGCCCGCGGCCAGCCGGCCUUGCCCCAGCCAGUGCUGUGCAGCACGCUGCUCUCCGCCAGCAAUGGACCUCAGGGAGGGGCUUGGAGUCUCCCUGCAGCCCCUGAGGAAGAGCCAGCAGAGGCUGAGGACAGCUUGGCAUCCUCCAGCCCUGGCACUGCCCACAUGGCACGCAGCAGCUGGGACCUGCCUCCCCGGGCAGCACUGCAUGCGGGGGACCCCCCGUUGGAUGAGACUGUGGUCGUCCACUCACCGCGGCAGCCUGGCAGUACGCGCCGAACGCCGGGCAGUGCCAGUCCCUGUGAGUCCCAUGGCCCGUUUCCCUCCAGUCGGGAUACAAGGGAGCCCUGCCCCGUGCCCCACAGCCUGGCUCAGCUGGAUGGCUUCCUCGAUCCGGCCACGGGAGACUGGGAGGGGCUGGAUGCCACGUCCCCCGACCAUGCGUACCUCUUCUGCUGGGCGCACUCCACCGCCCUCCAUGACCUGGACAAAACGGUGAUGGUCCCUGCAUCGCUGGAGAAAGCACCCAAGAUUUCAUCCAGGCCCUUGGAGAGCAGCAGCAGCCGGUACAGCAGCUGCGACAGCGAGUGCUACGUCAGCACCGUGGAAGCGUCUGACCCCGCGGAGGCCAGGAGAGACAGGCCGGCCAGCGAGGGUGCAUGGGGUACUGGCUGGAGCGCGUGGCAGUGCCCGGGCAAGCAGCUGGUGCUUGGACCCCAGGGACAGAGCUUAAAAACGCCGGCUUUGGGGAGGGCUUUUGUGCAGGACGUGCCCCCCUCCCGGUCGCAGCUGGCAGAGGUGGCAGGAGGGAGCGCAGGGGAUGUCUGCCAAGGUGCCCAUUGCUUUGGAGAAAGUGGUGGAUUGAGGCCUGCUGGAAAGCCAGCCUUGGUGCUGCACGCAGGCAGCACUGAGAACAGUCCGUCUCCCCGCCGUGCGGGGUCACAACGUCCCACCCAAACACCGCAGCGCGCAGAGCCCGUGGAGCAUGACCCUCGCCAGGGGAGCAACAGAGCCACGCGCCUCUCAUUGCCUCGGGCACCGUGUCACUUGGCCCUGGCUGAUCUGGGCGCUGAGGACUCUGGUCCGGGGAGAGCUGCCCCCUCUGGGGACUGCAGGCUGGGUACGGCAGAAUCGGCCACGCUGGGUCAGCCGGAGGGGAGGCAGCUACACACACAGCACAGCCCAGCUGCACGGGCAAGCCCCAGGUGUGAGCAGGGGAGAAGGGGAGGCCAGAGCCAGGCAUUGGGUCUAUCUGCAAGGGGCUCUGACCUGGGCACGGCGGACACGGUGCCCCUGAGCAGAGCCACGGCCGGCACGGCGGCCACGGUGCCCCUGAGCAGAGCCACAGCCGGCACGGCGGACACGGUGCCCCUGAGCCGAGCCACGGCCGGCACGGCGGCCACGGUGCCCCUGAGCAGAGCCACAGCCGGCACGGCGGACACGGUGCCCCUGAGCCGAGCCACGGCCGGCACGGCGGCCACGGUGCCCCUGAGCAGAGCCACAGCCGGCACGGCGGACACGGUGCCCCUGAGCCGAGCCACGGCCGGCACGGCGGCCACGGUGCCCCUGAGCAGAGCCACAGCCGGCACGGCGGACACGGUGCCCCUGAGCCGAGCCACGGCCGGCACGGCGGCCACGGUGCCCCUGAGCAGAGCCACAGCCGGCACGGCGGACACGGUGCCCCUGAGCCGAGCCACGGCCGAAAGCACUGAUGGGGAAGAAAGCGAAGCCGAUACCCUGCUGCUCCAGCGCCUGGGCAGCCCUGACUCAGCUCCCAGAAGCGCCACCUGUGCCAACUCGACUGGGACGCCGAGGUCCUCUUCAUCGCCACCGUGCCCGGUGCAUUGCCACAUCACACCCCGCACCAAGAGCCGUCUGAACGCCUCCACGGCACGUGGCAACAGCUCCUCCUCCUCCUCCCUCUUUGACGAGACGCUGGAGCUGCCGCAGCGGCCCCAGAGAGUCCGGAGACCCCCGGAGACAUCCCGCACGCCAGUCAGCCCGGCUGGGGGGCUCCUGGAGAGCACACGUGCAUCUUAUUGGGAAGCAGCAGGGUCGGGCAGCCUGGAUGAGACCGUAGUGCUGCUGCCAGCCGCCAGCCUGCCAGCAGCACCUGGGCAGAGCAGUGCCCCCAGUACCAACCCCACAGCGCUGCAGAGCCCUGCUGGGGUCACCUGCCUCCAUGCCUCCGAAACCGCUGGUCCAUGCCCACCCAGAAUGGAGCAUCCCAGUACCGCCGCCCCCCCCAGCUCCCCUCCAGGCGCAGGAGAAAGCUCUUGGCUGACGGAGGAGGACUGCACUGAGUGCCCGGGGCUGGGGGCUCCCGUCGGGCCUCCCACCACCACGACCUCCACUCAGGACUGGUUUGGCAGCGAGUUGGGCAGUGGGGAGCCCAGCCAGAGCCUGGCACAAGGGCUGGACGGGCCACAGCCGGGUGGGAAGAAGCCGUCGUUGUGCUCACGGGUGAGCUUCAGCAGGCUGUCUGCCGCGAGGCCUGCUUUGGCACCGCCUGGCUCCGGGAGGCUCAGCCCAGUGCUGGACACGGGCAGCCCAGGCAUCCCGCUGUCCCCCGGCGGGCGGCCUGUGAACCACGGGUCCGGCGAGGCGGUGGAGUACCUCUACCUGGACGAGGAGGAGGGUCAUGCUCUCAUCGAGCGCCACGUCCCCACCACGGACGACACCUCCUGCUGCGCCGACACCAGCUCCGAGGACACCAUCAUCUACGACUGGAGGGCCUGUGUGUCCCAGCGGGGCGCCAAGGAGAACCGGCCCCCGCCGGCGCCCGCCUGCUCCGACGAGGCCUUGCUGCGGAAGCUGCGGAAGCUGGGGGCCGACCCGGGGCCGGUCACGGACUCGACACGCAACCUGUACGUGCAGCAGCUCAACAGGCUGCAGAGCAGCCCCGGGGCCCGAGCCGGCAGGGGCGCGACAGGUGAGUGCCACCGCCUCGGAGGGCCCCAGAUCCCCGACUGCCAGGCAGACGAGACGGCGCUGGCUGCCCAGUUCGACCAGCCCGACAAGGCCCGGAAGUGGCGGGAGGGCGUGCUCAAGUCCAGCUUCAACUACCUGCUCCUAGACCCCAGGGUGACCCAGAACCUGCCCCUCCGCUGCCACGCACUGAGCCCGGCCGAGCGCUUCCAGACCUUCGUCCGCGCCAUCUUCUACGUGGGCAAGGGGAAGCGUGCGCGCCCCUACAGUCACCUCUACCAGGCCCUGGCGCACUACCGGGGGAGCAAGAGGCAGGUGCUGAGCGUUGCCUACGUGCCCCCCAGGCCUGCGCCAAGGUGCGGCACAUCCUGGACAUCUGGGCCGGCGGGCAGGGCGUGGUGUCGGUGCACUGCUUCCAGAACGUCAUCCCUGUGGAGGCGUACACGCGGGAGGCCUGCAUGGUGGAUGCCCUUGGGCUGGCGAUGCUCACGAACCAGAAGAGGGGCAACUGCUACGGCGUGGCGGCCGGCUGGCUCCCGCGGCGGCGCCGGCGCCUGGGCGUCCACCUGCUGCACCGGGCCCUGCAGAUCUUCCUGGCCGAGGGGGAGCGGCAGCUGCGUCCUGCCGACAUCCAGGUGGGGCAGGGAGGAGCCCCUGGCCACACAUACCCCACCCCAUGUCCCAGGGAAGGGGACACAUCCUGCUGCUAGGGCUGGGGGCACCAGCACAUGAGGCUGCCGCUUCCUGGAGGAUGGCACCAAGCUGCGCUUGGCCCCCUGGACGCAAAGGACCCCACAACUGCUGUCCUGCCUGCAAGGGGCAGGUUUGAAACAUUAAGACAUGAGCCUCUGCUCCGCGCUGC